AUGGAGAAGAGCAAAGUAAGUGGAACGAUGAUGGGCAUGAACUCUUCUUCCGCCGCCGCCAACCGGGAAGAGCUGCAGGAUCAGGCCGCCGGCAUCAUGCGGACGGCGGAGAGCAUACUCCGGCUGGUGCCGGUCGGAUUGUGCGUGUCAGCUCUGGUCGUGAUGCUCAAGAACUCCCAGACGAACGAUUUCGGCUCCCUCUCAUACUCUGAUCUCGCUGCCUUCAGGUACUUGGUACACGCCAACGGCAUAUGUGCAGGCUACGCCCUGCUCUCCGCCGUCGUGGUGGCAAUGCCGCGUCGCCCAGCCACCACGGCCGGAUCCGCCUGGACCUUCUUCUUCCUGGACCAAGUGUUCACUUACUUGAUCCUCGCGGCUGCCUCUGUCUCGGCCGAGGUGCUCUACCUUGCAGACAAGGGUGACCUGGACAUCACAUGGAGCGCGGCUUGCGGCUCGUUUGGUGGGUUCUGCCACAAGGCCAUGGCUUCCUUGGUUCUGACAUUCAUCGUUGUUCUCUUCUUUAUCGGAAUCUCGCUUGUCUCGUCUUACAAGCUGUUCAGCAGGUUUGACGCCCCUGUUCUCAGUUGCUCAGCUGCUGCUGCCAAAGGAGGGCCAGAGAUUGCUGCUUUUUAG